AUGAGUUUUGCGACGUGGUGUAUCAAGAACGGAGAGGGGGCCAUGUCGACAACAGGAGCCCUGCAAUGGAGCGACUUCGACGGCGUCCACCGAGCGGUGAAGAUGUACACGUGUUCCCUGGGCGCACGUUUGAACUGGAACUCGAAAGGGAACUCGGAAGUCCGCCUGGCGAGCGGAGAUGUCCAUGAAGCCCCCACAAAGCACAUCAACAUCGAUGAUGGGCUUCUACAGGAAGUGGUGGAUCUCCGAUGUGACAUGCGGCGCCUUCAAGAGUCAAUGACCCGCGUACAAGAUAUACUGCUCAACAUGCAAGCGUCACGUUGCUCGUGUAGCUCGGGCCAUGCGCUUAUGCAUGCUCACGUCCAAGUUGCUGCUGUCCACAAGCAAUGCCGACCUUUUGCGCAAGUCAGGCAAAACAAGUCGCUGAGCGCCGGCAGCGACGAAUCCAGUGACGAUUGCUUCGAUGUUGAUUUCGACCGUCCGAAUGGCCCCGCUGGUACAGCCACAAGCUACGCCAAGUUCGUGAAAUCUAUUCCACCCCCAUUGGGAUUUGACUUUGUCGGAAACAUUCGAGCCGAGCUUCGACGAAUUGGUCUUGUGGACUGA